GCAGGCUGCAGCGGCAGCAGCUGGUGGCGCGCGCUCGCCCAUUGAUGGCGGAGGCCGGGGGGCCCGCACCGCCCGCAGCCUCCCGCGCCCGCGACGCGUCUGUCUAUCUGCGUGAGCUAGUCGGAUGAUGGAGGGCGGGCCCGGCGCGGGCGUGGCGUCGCUCACCAUGGACUGCGAGGACAUGUUCAAGGAGAUCACCAAGAAGCUGUACGGCGAGGAGGCCGUGGGCGUGGGCGUGGUGGGCGUGGAGUUCCCGGCGGCCGAGCGCGACCUGGACGAGGACCUGCGGCCCGAGGAGUCGCUCACGGCCUGGGGGCUCGCCGCGCUCAUGCAGAACGGCUUCCCGCCGCCGGGGAUACUGCAGGCGAACUUCACGCCGCGCAUCGACCCGAGCGCCGAGGACCGCUGGUCGGCGGCGGAGGAGCCGCUGGCGUGGGCGCACUCGCGCAUCGCGUCCUACAACCCCGCGCAGCGCCUGUUCAAGUGCGCCGACUGCGAGUGCGUCGGCUUCAUGGCGCGCAUCGCCGAGCACUGGCUGGGGACGCACUCACAGGCGCGCGCGUUCCAGUGCCCGGUGACGGGCUGCGGCUUCGCGUCGGGCUGGGCGCGCGGCGUGCGCUCGCACCUGGCGCGCGACCACCACUCCGACCCCGCCGCCGCCGACCACCUGCUGCGCGACAACGCCGCGCUCGACGACCUCACGCGCUACCUCAACCGCCUCAAGGCCAAGGUGGAACAAGCGCGAAACGAAAGGCGGAACAGCGUGGGCACCGAGACCGCCCAGGUGCAGGCGGAGGCGGGCGCGGGCGCGGGCGAGGCCGGCAAGCGCUACGCGUGCGGCGCCUGCCCCUACGCCACCGACCGCCGCGACCUCUUCACGCGCCACGAGAACAUCCACCGCGACGAGAAGCCCUUCCACUGCUACCUCUGCCAGAAGCAGUUCAACCGCGCCGACCACGUGAAGAAACACUUCCUGCGCAUGCACAGAGACCAGCCGUACGACUUGAACAGGAUCAGGCGGGCGCAGCCGAAGCCGCAGCCGGCGGCGGCCCCGGCGCCCGCGCCGACGCAGGCGCUGCAUUACUACACGAAGCCGCCGGCGGAGCCGCCGCCCCCGCCGCCGCUGGAGUUCCGGCCGGCGCCGCCCGCGCCCGCCGCGCCGCCGGGCCCGCCGCCCGCCGCGCCGCCGCCCGUCAAGCUGGAGCGCGCGCCGCUCGCCAAGGCCGAGCCCGCGCUCGUGCCGCACCCCGGCCACCCGUCGCACCCCGCGCACCCGGCGCACCCCGCGCUGCACAAGCAGGCGCCGCCCGCGCAGCCGCCGCAGCCGCCGCCCGCGCCCGCCGCCGUCGCCACGUCCUCCUCACCCGUCCGAAGAAAGGGCGAGCGGCGCUACGCGUGCUGCUACUGCUCGUGGUCGGGCGUGGACAACUGGUGCCUGAAGCGGCACCUCAACACGCACCUGAAGCCGUUCGCGUGCGCGCUGUGCGAGUACAAGGCGGCGCGCGCCGAGCGCCUGGCCACGCACGUGCACAAGGUGCACAACAAGAAGUCCUGCGGCAAGUGCAACUUCCUCGCGGACGACCAGCACCAGCUCGCUCACCACUUGCGGGAGACACAUCACAUCGAGCAUCGGAACCUUAAAGUGCCCACCGGCGUGGGCCGCGUGGCCAGCGGGAGCUUCAGCGUCGCAACGGCCACGGUGUCCACCGCCACCGACGCCGUCACGACCGUCGUGACCAACGGCGUCGUCGCCAACGGGGUGGUGACCAACGGAGUCGUGAGCAACGGCGUCGUGAGCAACGGCGUCGUGAGCAACGGCGUCGUGAGCAACGGCGUCGUGAGCAACGGCGUCGUGAGCAACGGCGUCGUGAGCAACGGCGUCGUGAGCAACGGCGUCGUGAGCAACGGGACCGGCGCGCCGGCGGUGGUGGCGGGCGUGGGCGUGGGCGGCGGCGCGGCGGACGGCGGCGCGGGGCUGUUCGGCUACCUGGAGGCGUCGGACGGCUCGGGCGACGAGUACGAGGGCGCGCUGGGCGGCGAGUUCGCGGGCGCGGCGGGCCCGCAGCACGGCGCGGCGCCGCACUACGCGCGCGACAAGGAGAACGCCGCGCCGCUGCACCACGCCGUGCACCACGAGCACUGCCUGCGCUACUAG